UUCUCUCUGACGUUAGAGGACGUUGCUUUGAAGUAGUUCGGUAUGGGAUGUUGUAAAGCCCUUGGGGAAGAAUGUGGGAUACGAAAACUUGGAUUACGAUACAAUGACUCCAGAGCUUUCACUGAUGCUCCGGGCCUACCAAGACCACUGUUCGCCUUCCUCCGCUUAAUCUACGCUGCUCUGGCGGUAGCCGACCUGGUCUGGAUCGGCCUGGAUGAUCCGAGCGGAACCUGGGUCAUUCAUUUGCAGAAUUGGAGUCGAGUGGUGACCGCGUUAUAUUUCCUGACUGGUUCACUAACCGCAUUCCAUCGUUCGGCAUGCGGAUCCAAAGAGAACGAUAGCUACGACAUAAUCCAUUCGGAUUUUCCAGAUCACACUGGCGAUUCGAAUUCUUGCGCUUUAAAACCGGGCGAAAAAGACGAAAGCAUUGAAGUGGAUCCAUAUGAAAACCAUCUCUCAUGGCAUCACGAGGUGCUCUGGGUCCUACACACCCUCGCUUCCAACAGCACUUUCGUCUGCACGGUUGCGUACUUCGCCUUUUUCUUUGACGAGCGUUCCUCCUAUGUUUGGAUCUUCUACAUACCCAGGCACUCUCUCUACGUGUUCCUGAUGAUUGUCGACACACUGGCCAGUUACAUUCCCGUGAGGCUGUUGCACGUCGUGUAUGCCUACAUAUUCGGUGCCGCAUACGUUAUGUUCACUCUUGUGUUCAUCUUAACGGAAGUGAAGGUCGAUCUGCGUCUGAAUCCCAGCAUGUAUCCUUCACUGGAGUCUGGUGAUGAGCCACUGAUCUACACAGCAUACCUAUCAAUAUUCUUAAUUGCUGGCUUUCCUGUGGCUCAAAUAAUCUACUUUCUCAUUCAUAAAUUCCGCACUUGGUAUAUUUCAAGAUGAAUAAUUAUUUGACAGAACUGUUAAAUUCUGGACGAAGAUUUCUCUCUUUAAGCUCUUUGAUAGUUUGAUCCAAAAUCAGUAAAUUAGGCAAUUAAGCAAGUACUUCAAUUUAGGAAAGCGAGGCUGGUGUAUGUCAUAAAGAAAACAAAAGCAAUUUGGAAUAUAUUACAUUUCAGCAUUUAGAAAGACAUACUUCUUGUACAGAUUUCUUAUCAAGCUUGAUUUUGGACUGUGACACUUCUUAUAACAGAUGAUGCACUCUCAGUUAUUUAAACAAAUAUGUGCUUCAUAAGUGGUCCAGGCAACGGAUGAAAUAAAAAAAACUUAACAUCAA